GGGGUGCCGCCUAUCGAUUUCCUGAGUCUAUCGUACUUUGUACGCCUCUAUCGAAAUUUUAAUUAAACGUGAAGAAAAAUUGGAAUUGAACUGAAACUGACAAAGUGCCGUAAAUGGAAUCCGGAAUCCACUGAAUUCGUCGCCCUCGUGAUGCGCAGCAAAUGCGGACGUGUAAAACGCAACGCGUGUGAAGUGCAGGCGACCCGUAGCAAAGCAAAUAACAGCAGCAGGGCAAAGCAGGCGUGAAGAAAGCGACGCAUGAAGAAAAAUGAAUACAGAUAUGAAAACAAAAAGCCAGCCGCGUAGAUAAAUUAGCAAGCAUUAAUUAAUUGCUGAAUAGACACCGAAUAGAAUACGAGCUGAAUCAGGAUCAGUGCCAAGAGUUGGUAAAGAGGAGCACUGUGUGAGCUGGGAGCGCGCUGGGUGCUGGAGCAUGAGAGACAGCCAUGCCUUCGGCACGACCUGGUAGUCUCAAGGAUCCGGAAAUAGCCGACCUGUUCAAUAAGCAUGACCCGGAGAAGAUAUUCGAGGAUCUGCGCGAGAUCGGCCAUGGGUCGUUCGGUGCGGUCUACUAUGCCCGCUGCAAUCUUACCAAGGAGAUCGUGGCCAUCAAGAAGAUGUCGUACACCGGCAAGCAGAGCCAGGAGAAGUGGCAGGACAUACUCAAAGAGAUACGCUUCCUUCGCCAAUUGAACCACCCGAACACCAUCGAAUACAAGGGAUGCUAUCUGCGCGAAUCGACCGCCUGGCUGGUGAUGGAAUACUGCGUCGGCUCCGCCUCGGACAUCAUCGAGGUGCACAAGAAGCCGCUGCACGAGGACGAGAUCGCCGCCAUCUGCCUGGGCGUGCUCAGUGGUCUGAGCUAUCUGCAUUCACUGGGACGCAUCCACCGCGACAUCAAGGCGGGCAAUAUUCUGCUAACGGACAACGGUGUCGUCAAGCUGGCCGACUUUGGUAGCGCCGCCAUCAAGUGCCCGGCCAAUAGCUUCGUUGGCACGCCCUACUGGAUGGCCCCCGAAGUGAUCUUGGCCAUGGACGAGGGCCAAUAUGAUGGCAAGGUGGACGUUUGGUCGCUGGGCAUCACCUGCAUCGAGCUGGCCGAGCGCAAGCCGCCCUACUUUAAUAUGAACGCCAUGUCCGCGCUCUACCACAUUGCGCAGAACGAGUCGCCCACACUUCCGAAGAACGACUGGUCGGACGCGUUCUGUAGCUUCGUCGAACUGUGCCUCAAGAAAAUGCCCGCGGAGCGUCCUUCGUCGGCCAAGCUGCUGACCCACGCCUACGUGACCCGGCCGCGCUCGGACACCGUGCUGCUGGAACUGAUUGCUCGCACCAAGUCGGCGGUGCGCGAACUUGACAACCUCAACUACCGCAAAAUGAAGAAGAUACUCAUGGUGGACACCUGCGAGACGGAGAGCGCCGUGGGCGAUGCCGAUGAUCAGCAGGACGACCACGCUGGCGGUGACAGCAGCAAGAGCAAUAGUAUUACUUCGGAACACUCCAUACACUCGGUGGGUGUAUCGGCGGCCAGUAGUCAGAGCUCCUCAUCCAAUUCCAUACCGGCUGCAGCCCAGAAUCAUCACCAUAUCGCAGCGCACCACCAUCAGCAGGCGGCGGCCGCCGCUGUGGCAGUGGCCAUGCAACACCACCACCAUCACCAUCCGCAGCCCAGUUGGCCAAGUGGUCAGCAACAGCAGCAGCAGGCGGGUCCACCCGGGGCCGUGUCCCGCAACUCGUCGCGCCACCGCAACCGGCCGCCGCUGCCCAAUAUCAUGCACAGCAUGAAUAACAAUGUGACGCCGACGAACUCGGCCUCGGUGGUGCCGGCGCCAGCGCCUACUCCAGUACCGGCGCCACCACUCACCGUGAUGCCGCACCUUGGUCCGAUGGGUCAUGGUGGCGGUGCCACUGGUACCGGUGGCAGUGGCGGAGGCUCCCCGGCAUCCGGCGGUCCUCUACCGGAUCGAAUGCAGCCCAUCCAGCCGCGCUACCUGACAACGCCCGCCGCCCAGGCGGCUGUAUACGCGGCCAGUUCCGCCUCCUCGCAGCAGGCCAUUUCCAAUGCUGUCAACGAUCACGGUCCCAACAACUUUGCCACCAUACGCACCACGAGCAUCGUGACCAAGCAGCAGAAGGAGCACAUGCAGGAGGAGAUGCACGAGCAAAUGUCGGGAUAUAAGCGAAUGCGGCGCGAACAUCAGGCGCACCUGGUCAAGCUGGAGGAGAAGUGCAAGGUGGACAUGGAGGCGCACAAGACGGCGCUGGACAAGGAGUAUGACACGCUGCUGCACAACUUUACACGGGAACUGGAGCGGCUCGAGAACAAACACCAGCAGGACGUGGAGCGGCGGUUGAAGCAGACGAGCGCCGCCGAGAAGAAGCUACACAAAGAGAUUACGUUGAAGCAGGAAUGCGACCGCAAGGCGUACGACCUCAACCGCAAGAAGGAGUACAAGGCGAACAAGGAGCGCUGGAAGCGUGAGCUAUCCAUGGACGACACGACGCCUAAGCGGCAGCGCGACCUUACCCUGCAGUCGCAGAAGGACAACUUGAAGCAGCACGAGGCGCAGGAGGAGCAGCGCAUGCUGCAGGCCCAGAAGCAGUAUAUCGAGCUGGAGAUGCGCAAGUUUAAGCGCAAGCGCAUGAUAAUGCAGCACGAGCACGAGGAUGUGCAGCUCCGCGAUGAACUCGGAAAGAAGGAGCAGCAGCUGCAGCAGGCUCACGCAAUGCUAGUGAAGCACCAUGAAAAGACACAGGAGCUGGAAUACCGCCAGCAGAAGAGCGUGCAUCAGUUGCGCGAGGAGCAGAUAAACAAGCAACACGACACAGAGUUGCACAAUCAAAAAGACUACAUGGAACGCAUCAAGAAGGAGUUGGUGCGCAAGCAUGCGGUCGAGCUAAGGCAACAGCCCAAGAGCCUCAAGCAAAAGGAGCUCCUGAUACGCAAGCAGUUCCGGGAGACCUGCAAGACGCAGACGAAGCAAUACAAACGCUACAAGGCCCAAGUGCUGCAGACGACGCCAAAGGAGCAACAGAAGGAGGUGAUCAAGCAGCUCAAGGAGGAGAAGCACCGCAAGCUGACGCUGCUGGGCGAACAGUACGAGCAGAGCAUUUCGGACAUGUUCCAAAGCCAGAGCUACAAGCUGGAUGAGAGCCAAGUGAUUGAGUGCCAACGUACCCACGAGCAGCUGGAGUACGAGCUGGAAAUGCUCACCGCCUACCAGAACAAGAACAAAAAGCAGGCGCAGGAGCAGCGAGAUCGUGAGCGUCGCGAGCUCGAGAACCGCGUCAGCGUGCGGCGGGGAUUGCUUGAGAACAAGAUGGAUGCCGAGCUGCAGCAAUUUAAUCAGGAACGAGCCGAGCGCUUGCGCAUGAAGCACGACAAGCAUACUAAAGAGUUGGAGGCAUUCGAUAACGAAUCAAUUUCCCUAGGUUUCAGCACUUUAUCGCUUAUUGAGGUAUCCCGUGAAGCCUAUCCAGACGAGGAGGGGAGCCUGUCUGGUUCCAUGAUUAGUUUAGCCCAUAGCAAUAGUUCAACGAGUUUUCCGGCUGGUUCGCUAUAGCAUCAAAAACAACAGCAACAGAAAAUGUUUAAUAAUAUGAACCACUUACAUUUUAAUGGAAAUUAUAAAGCCACAAGCAGGAGCAGGACAGAAACGGAAACAGGAACAGAGAGAACUGCCUACUAGUGUCCUGUUCUAUUUGUAGAAAUUAUAUAAACAGCAAUCAAUUAACAAUAUUAAUCCCCGAGAAGGAGGAGGAACAGAGAGGAGAGCUGGACAAGCCCAAGCUUGAGUAUUUUCUAACGCUGCAAUAGUUUUGUAUGGAGGAAAUAUCGAUUCGAGAAGACAACAACAACCAAGCAACUAACAUUUAAAACAAUUUCAAAAAUGAUCAAUCAAGGAAAAACAAAAAAGGAAAACACUAAAACAUAAAUAGUGGAGCUGGGAAAGCAGGGAUGUGUCAUUGAAAGCAACUUCCGUACGUUUCCAGCUCUGAUAAAUACAUAAUUAUAAAUGUAAGCAAAAAGAAAAAAAGAAAAAACAAAUGAACAACAGUAACACAACAAACAAACAAAAAGAAGAAGAAGAAAAACUAAGCAAACAAAGAACAAGAUUCUAAAUUCGAUUUGCAAAUUGUUUAGCAUUAUCCCUUAAAUUCUAAUUUGAUAUUAUUACCGAGUAACUGAUUAUUAAUCCAAUCGCCCUUUUGUUUGUUAUAACCCCUUUUUAUAUAUUUCUGCUCUCGCACUGCAAAAAUAAUGUCGUAUAUAGAACCAUGUGUGUAUGUGUAUUUGUUAAACAAAAGCAAAAACAAAAAAUGAUGAUAAAUGUUAUUUCCAAUUGGAUAGUCGAAGUCGAAAAUCGAAGAGGAACUGCGCGAUCGCAGUUUCGCCGAUGGCACACGAUCGAUUGCCAUUUUUGCAUGUUGUUAGGUUCAAAAUUUCUUUUUAUUUACGUUAUGUUUUUUCGACAAUACAAAUAAAAAUGUAUUUUUUACAAAAGGAACAAAAAAAAAAGAGGAUACAAUUAUUAUUUAAUCGCUAUGAAGAGAAGAUUUGAUGGCCAAAUUUAUUAUAAACUCACGACAAAUAUACAAAUGAAGAAGA